GAGAGAGCAGAAAAGUCACAUUGAAUGAGCAUUACGUCACAUGUUUAAUCAUUUCCCAUAAACCUAUUAGCAACCAAAAAAGACUGGGCUCUUUGGGUGACUAGGAAUAUAUAAUAAAACUUUUGCUAAUUCGUGUUUUGACUACUAGUGUGUGACGAGAUUCGUAUAUACACAUAGAAUAGAAGAUAAUGAAGUCCACUACACUGUCCCUGCCACAUAUUCAUUACUUCCAAACUCGAUCGUAUAAUUGAGUUGGUGCAGAGAAAUGGCGGAUACAAUUGUGGUUUUCCUGAUAGAAAAGUUGACGAGGUUGUUAGCAGAAGAAGCCAAACUACUUGGUAGCGCGCACGACAAAGUAACAUCGUUGCGCAACGAGCUGAGGUUCAUGAACCUCUUCCUCAACAACUCCCAAGGCAAGCGCAAAGAUCACAACAUGGUCGCGGAACUCGUUGACCAAAUCAGAGACAUCGCCCACGAAGCCGAAGACGUCAUCGACAACUACAUCAGCGACAUGAUCAAGCAGAGAAGGAGAAACAUGCUGGAGAAGUUUGGCCGCGGCGUAGACCACGCGCUCAUGCUUCGCAACUUGACCGUCAAAAUAGACAGGAUCAAGACCACCAUCAACGAUAUCUUCGACAAUAAGGUCAAGUACGGCAUCGAAGCUGGAAGGAGAGACAGCGAGGAAGAAGCAGAGCGUAUACGGAAGCAAAGAAGAGACGUGGAGGAACAAGAGGUUGUAGGAUUUGCGCAUGACUCCAAGGUUGUAAUUGAGAAACUCAUGGCAUCGGGUUCGCGCCUUAAACUGGUUUCCAUCGUCGGUAUGGGUGGUUUGGGUAAGACCACCCUAGCCAGAAAAAUAUACAACAGCAACAGGGUCAAGAACACGUUUCCUUGUCGCGCAUGGGGUUAUGCCUCUAACGAUUAUCGACCCAGGGAAUUCUUCUUAAGCCUUCUCAAGUGUUUGUUGUCCACGUCUAAGUACAACGAUUUGUUCAAGAAAAGAGAGGAGGCAAGUAGAAGCGAGGAGGAGCUGAAGAUGAAGGUGCGAGAAUGCUUGAGCAGAAGCGGUGGCAAGUACUUGGUGGUGGUGGACGAUGUGUGGCAAAGCCAAGUGUGGGAUGAGGUUAAAGGUGCUUUCCCUGAUGACAGCAAUGGAAGCAGAAUAUUGAUAACUACUCGUCAUGCUGAGGUGGCUUCUCACGCAGGUCCAAUGCCUCCCUACUUUCUCCCCUUCCUCACCGAAGAAGAAAGCUGGGAGCUUCUUUCCAAGAAGGUGUUUAGGGGCGAAGAUUGUCCUUCUGAUUUGGAGCCCAUGGGAAAAUUGAUCGCUGAAAGCUGUAAUGGGUUGCCACUUGCCAUCAUCGUCAUGGCGGGGAUUCUUGCAAACAAGAAGUCACUGAGGGAUUGGUCUAGAAUCAAGGAUCAUGUGAAUUGGCAUCUUGGCAGGGACACCACACUCAAGGAUAUACUGAAACUCAGCUAUGACACCUUGCCAGCGAGGUUGAAGCCUUGCUUUCUGUAUUUUGGGAUGUACCCUGAAGACUACAAGAUCCCCGUGAAGCAAUUGAUCCAGUUGUGGAUAUCUGAAGGGCUAUUAACACAAGAAACUUGCGGAAGCAGCACCAACAUACCGGAGCCGGAAUACAUUGCGGAAGAGUACUUGGAUGAACUAGUGGACCGAAGCUUGAUCCAAGUGGUGAGUAGGACCAGCGACGGGGGUGUCAAAACAUGCCGGAUUCAUGAUCUUCUCCGCGAUCUUUGCAUAUCCGAGAGCAAGGAAGACAAGUUUUUCGAGGUUUGUGGAGAGGUUGAUUUUCAAAUCCGAGAUAGUUGUCCCCGUAAGUUGUCUCUCCACGGCACUCUAUUUCAUUUCUCUUCUUCAAGUGCCGUUUCUGAUUACUCCAUCACUGGCACGCGUUCCUUGUUAUGCUUCGGCCAAGAAGUGUACAAGGUCAAGCCAAACCACUGGAGAUGGCUUCUCAAGAGUUUCAGGCUGGCUCGCGUGUUGGAUUUAGGACGAAUGAAUGUUAACUCAAUACCCAAUGAUUUGGAGAAGCUCAUCCAUUUAAGGUACUUGAGAAUACACUCAUACAACAUUGAAACUAUUCCAGCUUCUAUAUGUAGGUUGUGGAAUCUUGAAACCUUGGACUUAAGGGGUUCUCCCAUAAAAUCAUUUUCUGGUGACUUGUGGCAACUUAAGCAACUAAGGCAUCUUCUGAUGUUUGGACCUGUGGGGCUUCCAGACAUGCCAUCAGAGAGUAAAACUAUGCAGAAUCUUCAAACUCUCUCUACAGUGGCGCUUGAUCCACGCACAACUUCAUUGUUGGAUAGUCGUAGAUUCCCCAGGUUGACAAAAUUGGGUAUACACCAUGAAAGACGUGAUAAGUGCAAUGCUCGUAUACAGUUACAAAGCCUUAACCGCUUAAGCCAUCUCCGCAAGCUAAAAGUGAUUGGCACCACGGAGAUUCCGCAAAAUGCAAAUGUGUUUCCCUCAAACAUCACCAAAAUAUCCCUCACAAAGUUUGGUUGCUUCAACUCCAAUGCCAUGCAUAUACUAGGAAAGCUUCCCAGCCUCCAAGUUCUGAAACUGUCAUCGCAGACAAAUGAUACUCGUUUUGACCUCCACUGUGCCACGGGAGGGUUCCUUCAGCUCCAAGUGUUUGAGAUGAUAGCAAUCAAGGUAAAAAAUUGGAGACUUGACAAAGGUUCAAUGCCACGCAUUCGACGUUUAGACGUUAGAAGCUGCAAAUCCUUGACGGAGCUUCCAAAAGAACUAUGGUCUUUGACUAGCUUGCGGGAAGUGCAGGUCUUGUGGCCAUGUACUGAAUUGGUAAAAAGGCUCCAAAAUUUGGUGGUGAACAAUGGGUGCAAGCUCGUGGUCUAUCCUCUCUCAACAAAUGAUGAAUUAGAUUUUCUCUAAAUCAAUGACUAAUUAAUUAAAAAUACAUGCCAUUGCCUAGUUCAUGCAAGUGUCUAUGCAUGAUUUUAAGCAUUUAUUUUUCGUUAUGGUCGUCUGUAUUAUAUUCAUAAAAAUUAGAAGUAUCCAAUAACUAAAUUUUGAUAUAAAUUAAUACAGUAUAUGAUAAAUUUAAAGUUAAGCAGUUGAUAGCUUUUUGUAGUUUAGGCCUGGGUCACUUAUCCACUGAUGAGAGAUCUCUAUGCUCUUUGCAAUUGUUAUAUUGAAAGAUUGAUUCCAUGAUAUGAUUGAGUCUUCGCUCAACAAUCAAUAAGCAUGGAUAUCUAGUUCUCUAUUUUUAA